AUGUUCUUCAUCCACUUCCUCGAACAUGUCCUCACUCUCCACCCGACCUUCUUCGGCUCACAUGUGAAGGAAUACCUGACGCAGAAGCUGCUAGAUGACGUGGAAGGCGUGUGCACGGGCGACUAUUACAUCGUUUGUGUGAUGGAUACAUAUGACAUUUCGGAGGGGAGGGUGUUGCCUGGUAGCGGGCUGGCGGAGUAUACUAUUAUGUAUAGGGCGAUUGUCUGGAAGCCGUUUAAGGGGGAGACGGUGGAUGCUAUCGUGACAUCUGUUAAAAACCAAGGGAUAUUUGCAGAAGUUGGCCCGUUGACGGUCUUCGUGUCGAAACAUUUGAUUCCCCCCGAAAUCAAAUGGGACCCCGACGCGACUCCGCCGCAAUAUACGGACAAUGGAGAACAGGUUAUUGAGAAGGGCACCAAUUUGCGCAUCAAGCUGAUUGGGUUGCGAAAUGACGUGCGCAAUAUGUUUGCGAUUGGAAGUAUCAAAGAGGAUUAUUUAGGGUCUGUCUAAACCCGUCCCAUGCCCAUGUUUCCACUCCUGUAGGCACUGGUGUUGUAUAUUUGAACUGCGGAGAGAGAGGGGAAGAGAGAAGCGCGGCGGAUAGACGAUCAGCCCAUGACUAACAGUUGCUAUGAAAACAGGACGUUGUAAUAAUAUACCCCAU